CUUCCUUACAAUUACACCGAGUUCAUUAGUGUUUUGGUAAAACAUGUGGAAGAUAAUCUCGUUCCGAUGAGCCGAAUUGAUGAUGCUGUUAGAAGAAUCUUAAGAGUGAAAUUCGUAAUGGGUUUAUUCGAGAAACCAUUUGCAGACGAAACUUAUGUUGAUCAUGUCGGAAGUCAGGCUCAUAGAGAUUUGGCAAGAGAAGCAGUUAGGAGAUCUCUUGUUCUUCUCAAGAAUGGAGAAAAUGCAGAUGAGCCUGUACUUCCACUGCCGAAGAAUGCUUCAAGAAUCCUUGUUGCAGGAACUCAUGCCAACAAUUUAGGUUAUCAAUGCGGUGGAUGGUCCAUUGCUUGGCAAGGUCUUAGCGGCAACAAUCUCACCGCCGGAACAACGAUUCUGAGUGGAAUCUCAGCAGCCGUGGAUCCAACCACGGAGAUUGUCUUCAGUCAAAACCCGGACAAAGCUUUUGUCUCAUCAAACAACUUCUCCUACGCCAUUGUCGUCGUCGGCGAGUUCCCCUACGCCGAACUCGACGGAGACAACACCAACCUGACCAUACCCGAACCAGGUGGUCGGACCAUCAGCACCGUCUGCGGCCAAGUGAAGUGCGUCGUUCUAAUCGUGUCUGGUCGGCCGCUGGUGGUGCAACCUUAUCUGGACCAGAUCGAUGCCCUUGUCGCCGCUUGGUUGCCGGGAACGGAAGGAGCCGGAGUGGCCGACGUUCUGUUCGGAGAUUAUGGAUUCGCCGGGAAGUUACCUCGUACUUGGUUUAAAACGGUUGAUCAGCUGCCGAUGAACGUCGGAGACGAUCGCUAUGAUCCUCUUUUCCCGUUUGGGUUUGGACUCACUACAAAAGCUGUUAGUAAUGUCACUGUGGGUUAAUUUAGUUUCCUGUUUUGGAUACAAUCAGGGUUCUAAUUAG